UAUCAUCCCUGUUGCUUUUUUGGGUUUAGAAGGGUGGAGAAUAACGUCUCCUGACAUUAAUGAACUUCUAAAUGACUUUUAUUUUGUUUAAACCAGCAGUGGUGCCCUUAACUGAGGGAAGAAGUGGCAUUAACUUAAUGCUGGGGCAUUCACUCACUUUAUAACCCCUGUGCUUGUUACUAAUGCAGGGCUUGUCCAGCAGUCCUGGCUGGUGCUGGAGCAGUUCCCUGCUGUGUUCCCAGGUCCCUGGAGUGUCCCAAAGGCCAGGCAUGGAGAAGUGGAGCCUGAUGACAAUCACGGUGCUGCUGGCGCUCACCGUGCGCUGGGCUGUGUCCCUGGGCUCCUACUCAGGGGCAGGAAAACCACCCAUGUAUGGAGACUACGAGGCUCAGAGGCACUGGCAAGAAAUCACCUACAACUUACCCAUCAGGCAGUGGUACUUCAAUACAAGUGACAACAACCUGCUGUACUGGGGCCUUGAUUACCCCCCUCUCACUGCCUAUCACAGUUUUGUGUGUGCUUACAUUGCAAAGUUAAUAAAUCCAGAGUGGGUUGCUCUGCACACAUCUCGGGGCCACGAGAGCCAGCCCCAUAAGUUAUUUAUGCGCACAACAGUGUUUGUUGCUGAUUUGCUGGUUUAUAUCCCUGCAGUUAUUUUAUAUUGUUUUUCCUUGAAAGAAACAUCUGCUAAAAAAAAGGUUUCCAGUGCUCUCUGCAUCCUGCUCUACCCAGGCCUCAUCCUUAUUGACCAUGGGCACUUCCAAUACAACUCAGUGAGCCUUGGCUUGGCCUUGUGGGCUGUCCUUUGCUUGUCCCAUGACUGGGACCUCCUGGGCUCUGUGGCCUUUUGCUUGGCCUUAAAUUAUAAACAAAUGGAGCUCUACCAUUCCCUGCCCUUUUUUUGCUAUUUACUUGGAAAGUGCUUCAAGAAGGGACUGAAAGGAAAGGGGUUGGUGCUGCUGGCCAAACUGGCAGGGACAGUGCUGGUGUCCUUCGCUGCCUGCUGGCUCCCGUUCGGCACCGACGUGGAACAAAUCAUGCAAGUACUCAGAAGACUCUUUCCCAUUGACAGAGGCUUGUUUGAGGAUAAAGUUGCCAAUAUUUGGUGCAGUCUAAGUGUCCUUAUAAAGAUAAAGAAUGUAAUAUCCCCUCGAACUCAGCUGAAACUCAGUUUUGCUGUGACAUUCCUGAGCCUGCUCCCUGCCUGUAUCAAGCUCACUGUCCAGCCUUCCCUGAGAGGCUUUAAAUUUGCCUUGGUCAGCUGUGCCUUGUCAUUUUUCCUGUUCUCCUUUCAAGUCCAUGAAAAAUCUAUUCUUCUCGUGUCAAUCCCAGUCUGCUUAAUCAUAAAUGAAAUUCCCUUCAUGGCCACGUGGUUCCUACUCGUGUCAACUUUCAGCCUGCUGCCGCUGCUGCUGAAGGACGAGCUGCUGCUGCCCUACGCCGUGACCACGCCCGCCUUCCUGGCCGUGUGCCUGGCCUCCUUCUCCAUCCUGGAGAAAACCUCUGCAGAGGACCUGCAGCUCAAGGCCUUCUCCCUGUCCCUCAAGGGUUAUGUGUCCUGGUUUAAGUCCUUCCCCAGGAUUGUCAGGAGCCUGUUCCUGCUGUCCCUGUCCCUGAUGGGACUCCUGUCAGUGCUCAGUGCUGCGCUGCCCCCGCCCCAGCGCCUGCCGGAUCUGUUCCCUGUGGCCGUGGCCGUGGUGUCCUGCCUGCACUUCCUGCUCUUCCUGGUGUAUUUUAAUGUUGUCAUACUCUGGGACUCCAAGAAUAGAGGGCAGAAGAAAAUCAGUUAAUGAAGCUGGAGCUGCAGGACUGAGAGUGCUCAGUGAGAGGUGCCAGCACUGCAGAGGAGCCUGUGUGUGAUGGACACAACUCGAGCAAAGCCAGGAAAAACCUUUUGUUUAUUUAAACACCAAACAAUCAAAGACUGUUUUAAAGGAGAAAUAUUUUGAAGAGCAUUGGGAAUGGGAUUUGAUUUGUUUUCUUUGGAAGUGUUAUACUUUUGUUACCAUUUGUAAGCCUAAAAUGCCUAAUAAAGGACCAAAUUUUGAAUUAA